UGGAAAAGGUUAGCCAUCACUGUUCAAGAAACUCUAAUUCAGUCAACUAGGUUAGCUACUGUUAACUAUGUCCCAAGGAAACAAGGAAAUGCUGUUAUCUGCUCAUUUCAUCAGGAGAAGUUGUAAGGACAAUACCAAUAAUUCACUAAUAACACACUAAUUGUUUAUCAUCUGGGACAGAAAUAGGUAACAGGAGUCAAAUUCCACCUGAUCUGAGAUGCUAUUUUCCAAAACAGCAUAGCCUAUGCUACCCUGCCAAUCUGCUUUUUUUUCUUGCCUUGAAGACAAAAAUGACAGAAUAAAUGGGAUACAGAUAAGAAGUAAGCACAGUAACGUUAGCAUUAAUAAAUAUGAACGUGGGAUAGAAAUUUAUAUAAAUACCAAUAAAUCCCAGAAAGUUCUGAGAGUUCAUUUAUCCGAUACCUGGGGGAGGAUGUAUAGUUUUUGUAAGUAGCAAAGCUUGUAUUAUCUAAGCCCUUUGUAUCCCCGAUGAGUUAAAUUUCCUUAACAAUAUAAGCCAGGAAGAUCUGGAUAGACGGUAGCGAUCCAAUUGGCCAACGACUGUUGCACUUGGUGCAAAGGAAACAAACGCAAAGCACUGGGGCAUCUUCCCUGGAAGCAUCCAAUCACAUGUAAUUAUCAGAAAACAAUCGGUUUGAAGAAAGUGGAGUAAGACGGAAGGGGUGGUCUUAACGCCUUUUUUGGUUUCUAGGUGAAAUUAGGAUACUUCACGUGGCCGGAGGAGAACUCGGGAGCCAAGAUCCCGGGAGAAUUAGCAGGCAACUGAACAUCCUUACCUUAUGGAGUGAAUAUCCAGUGUGCACCUAAGAUUGCUUGGCAUGUACUUGGCUUUGGGAAAGAAAUGGCUGCUCUUGAAUCAGCAUUCAGUGAAGAAGCUAUGGCUGACAUUAAUCCUGCCUUGGAUAGAGAGAACUUGGCAGCAACAGAUAAUGAAGGUUUGGCGACUGAUCAGCUGACAACUACAGAGAAAGUAGCAUUGAAGAAUUCAGUAAAUGCAGAAGCAGUUUGGGAAUAUCCAUGGCAGUCAGACAAAGUUGUGACCAAUCUUUCAGUACCCCACCAGGAUGGGAACAUUUCUGUAAAAGAUGAAGAAGCAAAUAGCCAAAGUUCAAAACAAAUUAAUAACCACGACAACCAAAACAAAAAUCUGUACUUUUGUGAUGUAAGGCUUAAGAAGGACUUUCAGCAACCAUCUCUAUUUGCCCAACAUAAAAAUGUGUUCUGUCCAAGUAAAGUGCUCAUGCAGAACAAGCAACUUAAUUGGGAUCAAUUGGAAAUUGGCAGCCCAUACCAGCCAGACCAGAACAGACAAACUAAAAAUUGUUCAAUAGGUGAUCAAUGUGGAGAAAAUAACCAAAGUCUAUCCUACCUUCCCCAAUAUUGUAAAAAUAUUCUUCUAAAGGAAAACUCGGCUUGGCAGCAUCAAAACUCCCAAUCAGAAGCAAGCAGUCUGAUAUCAGAAGCAUGCAAUCAAAGCACUUUAGUACCUGUUCCUCUUCGGGCAGAGAAUAUAAUAGAAUAUAUUGAUGAAGCAGUUGGUCCAAAUCCAAUACAAGUGACAGACCAGAGAACUGAGACUAAACAUCUUCAUAUUUGUGACCAGUGUGGAAAAGAAUACGAGUGGCUUUCGGAGCUUAUCCAGCAUCAGCUAUUUUUUGGAGGAGAAGCAGAUAGACAGUGCCAGCUUCAUAUGGAAGGUAGAAAUCCAAGUCAUUUAGCACCUGUCCCUAUUCUCUUCCAGGGAAACAAUAUGUGUGCAACCUCUUGGGAAACUUUCCAACAAAAGUCAAGGUAUCAUAAUACUCAUGCCAAGAUUGGAAAGGAUUUCUGCAGGUUCUCUCUACCCAAGAGGCAUACACUACCUAGGGAGGAACUGACUAGACAGAAUGAGUCAAAAAUAAAUAAAUCUAGUACCUUGUCAUUUGUCCCCCUUGUGAGAAGAAAUACAUUUGCAGACUCUUGUGAAAUGUCUAACGUAAAUUCAAUGCUUACACGUUCUUACACAGGGAAACAACACAGUGACCAAUGUGGAAGAUGCUAUCACUGUCUUUGUGCUCAACAGCAUCUUGAUAAUUUUGAAUUGAAAUCAGAUACAGAUGAACUGUUCAAUUUGGGAGCAUACUGUCCAAAAAGUUUAGUGCCCAUUCCUUCGUUAGCAGAGAAAAUAUUCAGUGAAAACUCAAAAAUCCCCAUAGAACAAAAGAACUAUGCUAAGAAUCUGAACACAUUUAACUGUGAUAAGAACGAUUUCCAGCGUCAUUUGUUGACCAAACAUCAUCUACAUGUUCCCUUGGGAGGGGAAGCAGACAUACUGGACCAACUUAAAAUACAAGCAGGCAGUUUAAGUCAAUUUCAAAUAGAAAGAAAAGUUAUAGAAUCUUCUGAAUCAGUUAAACCUCAAUCAAAUCUCACAACAAACCAAGGUUUCCAAAUUAAGACGGAAUGUGAGAAGGAUUUCCAAUGGUCCUCUGCCCUGACUCAACAUCAAGUUGUGAACUCUGGGAAAGUUAAUUGGAAACAAUGCCCAUCAAAGGUAGAUGAUCAAAAUGAUUCAUCACCUGAUCUCAUGGAUCUUGACCAACCUGCCCAUCUGAAGACAAACCAAUUGACUGAGAAACACAAACCCUAUGCGUGUGGUCACUGUGGUAAAAGCUUCAAGUGGCCUUCUGGCCUUGUUCGACAUGAACAGACUCAUUAUAGAACAAAACUAAUAAAAGGCAAGUGCACUAAGCUCAACAAAUCAUAUAUUUGUGGACACUGUGGGAAAACUUUCCAGUGGCCUGAGCUUGUCCAACAUAAAUACAUGCAUUCUAGAAAAAAAUUACUGCGAGCCAAGGACACCAAACCCAACAAAUACUACACACGUAGCCAAUGUGGAAGGAGCUUCCAGUCGCUUUCUCAACUUGCCCAACAUGAACACACUCAUUCCAGAAGUAAAUUAGUGAGCAGAAAGCUCAAGCCCAAACCCCAUAUCUGUAAUCAGUGUGGAAAAGGCUUCACGUGGCCUUCUGACCUUGCCCGACAUCAACAGACUCAUUCUAAAAAAAUAAUAUUGAAAGGCAAGGGCAUCAAACUCAAGAAAUACUACACCUGCAGUCAAUGUACAAAGAGUUUCCAGAGGCCUUCUCAACUUGCCCAACAUGAACACACUCAUUCCAGAAGUAAAUUAGUGAGCAGCAAGCUUAAGCUCAAAUCCCAUAUCUGUAAUCACUGUGGAAAAGGCUUCACAUGGCCUUCUGACCUUGCCCGACAUCAACAGACUCAUUCUAAAACAAUAAUAUUGAAAGGCAAGGGCAUCAAACCCAAGAAAUAUUACACACGUCAAUGUACAAAGAGUUUCCAGAGGCCUUUUCAAUUUACCCAACAUGAACACACUCAUUCCAGAAGUAAAUUAGUGAGCAGCAAGCUCAAGCUCAAUAAAUCCUGCAUCUGUGAUCAGUGUGGAAAAAGCUUCAAGUGGCCUUCUGACCUUGCCCGUCAUCAACAGACUCACUCUAAAAAAAUAAUAUUGAAAGGCAAGGAUAUCAAACUCAAGAAAUACCACACAUGUAGUCAAUGUACAAAGAGUUUCCAGAGGCCUUCUCAACUUGCCCAACAUGAACACACUCAUUCCAGAAGUAAAUUAGUUAGCAGAAAGCUCAAGCCCAAACCCUAUAUCUGUAAUCAGUGUGGAAAAGGCUUCAUGUGGCCUUCUGACCUUUCUAGACAUCAACAGACUCAUUCUAAAACAAUAUUGAAAGGCAAAGGCAUCAAACUCAAGAAAUACUACACCUGUAGUCAAUGUACAAAGAGUUUCCAGAGGCCUUUUCAACUUGCCCAACAUGAACACACUCAUUCCAGAAGUAAAUUAGUGAGUAGAAAGCUCAAGCUCAAUAAAUCCUGCAUCUGUGAACAGACUCACUAAAAAAAUAAUAUUGAAAGGCAAGGACACCAAACCCAACAAAUACUACACAUGUAGUCAAUGUACAAAGAGUUUCCAGAGGCCUUCUCAACUUGCCCAACAUGAACACACUCAUUCCAGAAGUAAAUUAAUGAGCAGCAAGCUCAAGCGCAAACCCCAUAUCUGUAAUCAGUGUGGAAAAGGCUUCAUCUGGCCUUCUGACCUUGCCCGACAUCAACAGACUCAUUCUAAAACAAUAAUAUUGAAAGGCAAGGGCAAGAAACUCAAGAAAUAUUACACACGUGGUCAAUGUACAAAGAGUUUCCAGAGGCUUUCUCAAUUUGCCCAACAUGAACACACUCAUUCCAGAAGAAAAUUAGCAUCAAGCUCAACAAAUGCCAUAUCUGUAAUCAGUGUGGAAAAGGCUUCACAUGGCCUUGAGACCUUGCCCGACAUCAACAGACUCAUUUUAGAAAAAUAAUUUUGAGAGGCAAGGGCAUCAAACUCAACAAAUACUACACAUGCAGUCAAUGUAGAAAGAGUUUCCAGAAGCCUUCUCAACUUGCCCGACAUGAACAAAUUCAUUCAAGAAGUAAAUUAGUGAGAGGCAAGUAUACCAAGCUCAACAAAUCCUAUAUAUGAUCAGUGUGGAAAAGGCUUCACAUGGCCUUCUGACCUUGCCAGACAUGAAUGCACUCAUUUUAGAGUAAUGUCACACAGAAAUAAACUCAUGAAGCUUCAAAAGCUUUUUGUGUGGUGUGGAAAGAACUUCCAGGGGUUAGUCUCCCAUUGUUCAACUUAAAUGCUCUUAUUCGGGGAAAAUAAUGACUAGAAGCAAAUGCACCAAGCUCAGGAAGCUGCACACCUGUUAUGGAAGUGGAAAAAGCAUCCAGUGGCCUAAACCUGUUGAAUAUCAGUGUGUUCAUUCCAGAAAAAAAAUUAAGGCAGAAAUGUAUCAAACUCAAGAAAUUACACAGUAAAGUU